AUGGACGACGGGAUGAUCGAAGAGACGAAAGAAGAGAUGACAUCGACUCCUAUGUUCCACUCACAAGCUCACGAGCAGCACGCCCGCGAAGCCGCUCCCCAGCCUUUCGUCGACGAUCACGGACCCCCCCAAGUAGAAGAGAGGACUUGUUCGCCACCAGAAGAUCACCACCACGUCGCUACUCUCCAAGAAGGUCCUCACCUAGAAGGUGGUCUAGAUCCCCUCCUGGCAAUAGGGCUCGCAGUCCGCCUGAUUCUAAGAGAUUUCGAGACUUCUCACCUGAGCCUAGCCGACGCUCGCCGAAGCGCGAACGACGAUUCUCUCCUAACCGGAGCCGGGACCCACGUGACAGAUCGCCUUUGGGAGAAUCGGCAAGAGCAGGGGAAAGCUACAGACCAAGCUCUAGAACUCCGCCGCGAAGGAGACCGCAAAAUGACACCUGGGGCUGAAUCAGCCACUGGCAGCUAUCGUGACCGAUCUCCCCUACCACCCGCACCUGCGGACCUUCUACGGGACCGAGAUGUGAGCAUGCCACGCGAGGAUGUCAACAUGAAUGGCACCAACGAGCCACGGCGGCCCCCAUCGGGUCCCAGCGGUUUCCGGAAUGGCAGUUACGAUAGACCACCGCCGUCAGGCCCGUCACGAAAUUUCAGCCAGCCGAUUCAAUCACCGCCAACUGGUCCCGCAGCAUCAAUGUCAAUGUCCGCUCAUAACAGGGGUGGCGGCGCGUCCACGCUGAGAGCUCCUUCGGGACCUCGCGGCUCAGUUGGUAGAUUCGACGGUCCACCGCCUCGAGAUUUCCCAGGUCCACGUGGUCGAGGUGGCUUGCCCUAUCGAGGCCCAGCGCCUCAUGGACCAAGAGGUGGAGGCUAUGGGCGUGGCGACUUCGGCGGAUCCAGUGGUCGAGGGGACUACGGAGGGAACACCUACCGUGGUGGCGGCUUCGGACGUGGUGGCAGCCCUGUGGGCGGCGGUGAGCCGUCGUUCCCAUAUCGCACCAACAACAGCUCGAGCACGACUUAUCCUCGCACACAGCGCUUCAACACCAUUCAACAGCAUCUGGCCACGAACGAGAAGAUCGUCCCCGGCGGCAAGUUACUCCCCUCGGGUCUCCCUCCUGACCAGGAAAAACGGAUCAAGAUGCUCGAAGCAGAGAGCGAGCGCAUGCGGGCUGAGAUUUCCGAGAAACAAAAGCUGAAGAGAGAAGUCCUAAAUGAAUGGGAAGUUAGGGAAAGAGAGAGGGAGAGGGAGGCCCUGCGGAGUGAGCUUGCUGAGCAGCAUCUACAGCAAUUGAUGGAGAGCGAGGAUGGAAUCGGAAGAGCUGCGUUCUAG